GCGACCAACUGCUCAGAGUUUUGUGAGUAGCCUGCACCCCAUAAUGACACAUCCCAGGGAAACUGAUGGUCUGUUCAUGACAUUGCAGCUUUAACUGGUCUGAAAAGCAUGUGAUUGGGAAACACAUACAACUUCAGCAAUAAUGGCAUCUGAACAGACUCCAACCCCCAAACAACAGCCCAGCUCCACAGCUGCCCACAAGAUUGUUCUGUUUGAGCAGGAGAAUUUUCAGGGACGUUUCCAUGAACUGAGCGGCCCCUGCCCUAACUUGAAAGAGGCCGGAAUGGAGAAGAUUGGGUCUCUGGUGGUGCACUGUGGACCAUGGAUUGGCUAUGAGCAGGCAAGCUGCAAAGGCGAACAGUUUGUCUUUGAGAAAGGAGAAUAUCCCCGCUGGGAUUCCUGGACAAACAGCCGCAGAAGUGACACCCUCGGCUCCCUCAAACCCGUGAAACUGGACGGACAUGAGCACAAGAUUAUCCUUUUUGAAAACCCCAACUUCACCGGAAAGAAAAUUGAAAUUAUUGAUGAUGAUGUGCCAAGUUUCCAUGCACAUGGCUACCAGGAGAAAGUCUCAUCCAUUCGUGUUCUGAAUGGAACAUGGGUUGGCUACCAGUAUCCAGGUUACCGAGGUUACCAGUACCUGUUCGAGAAGGGAGAAUACAAGGACAAUACCGAAUUUGGAGCCCAGCACCCUCAGAUCCAGUCUGUCAGGCGUAUUAGGGAUAUGCAGUGGCACCAGAGGGGGAUCUUUCAUCCUACCAACUGAAAUCCAUCUUUGCUCCAAAGCUUCUUGCAUUAGUCUCUGACCAAUUUGCUGCUAAUUUCUCAAAAGCAUGUUAAAUGAAUGCAACCCCUACAGUAUUCUGUAUGAAUACAACUGCUGAGCCAAUUCAAUAAAGUC